AAUAUUAAUAACACCCGUCUCAGAAGCCUAACUGUCCUUAAGAAAGAUCCUAUUCUCAGCAGAGUAAAGGUUUUUAUUGCGAAAAAUACUACAAGAUGCAGCGGUAUAGAAAGGUCGAUCAGUUUGUUUCGCUUAGUUUUGGUUGUGCUGUAGCCAAUCAAAUGGCAAGCUGACACGGGUAUAAUCUGCCCAUGCGCAGAUGUGAAGAUCGAUCGACGAUGUUUUUAAAUAUGGCGCAACUCUAGUGAAAACUUAUUCCUCGUCAAAGAACGCCUAAAUAGGAGGAGAGUGACAAUGGAUUAUUCGAGGAUUUUAAAUAUUAUUUUUAUAGUUAGCGCAGUGUUUCUAUCAAUUCAAUUAUUUUCGCUUGGCGCCGAUGUAGAUCCUAAUAAUUGCGCCGAGCGGGGCAGGAAUUGCUCGUGGUGUCUUAGCGAUGGGAAUUGCGGAUUUUGCGAUAGAUGUGGUGACCAUUGUCACAAGCCAGGAGCUAUACACUCGCUUGAGAACUGUACUAAUUGCGCGAGCUGUGUCCCUGGGUCGCUCGGAGGGGCAAAGAAGGGAUCCGAGUGCAGUCCUGAAUGGUACUAUUACGAAAAGUGUCCCGAGGUGGUGAGCGAGCAAAAGACCGUUUACGUGGAAAUCGCGCUCUACCUGAUUAACCUACACUCUGUGGACCUCAAGGCGGGAACCUUCCAUGCCGACUUCUACCUCUACUUCAAGGUUCCUCCCGGUCAAACGACUUACACGAAACAGAAAUGCAAGGACGGGAUGAAGGGCACUUGCUUCGAACUGGUGAAUGCCGCUGGCCAAGCCGAGGUAUCCAGUCACGAGGGAAAGUUCUUCAGGGUCAAGUCGGCUUUUAACUUUGCCGCCGACUUGCAGUCUUACCCGUAUGACAAUCAGACGUUGCGCAUCGUCAUACAAGACAUGGAGAUGACAGCCAAGGAACUGCGGUGGAAACUGAUGAAGGGAGCGGAUGACAGUGAUUUCAAGUUUCGUAGUGGAGUAUCUCCGACACUCAACUACACCGGCUGGCUGUUUGACACUAACUCGUGGUCGCAGCUCGUCUAUGAAAGGUAUAACCCAUUCCUGGACCAGGGCGUGUCCAGAUACGAGUUCCUGUUCCACAUGAGGCGCCAUAAGCGAGCAGCGUUUUUCAAGAUCUUUCUCCCUCCCCUCUUCAUAGUCGUCGUCAUCUGCUUCUCUUUUUCCAUUCCUCCUAAGGAUGCAUCCAUGCGUCUGUGGAUUGAUGGGUCGCUUCUGGUUUCUGCAGUGAUGUUUCACGCGACAACGAAUGAGCAGACGCCCGACACACCGGAGCUAACGCUAGCAGACCGGUUCAUGGUCGGAGUUUACAGUUUUAUAUUCGCGUCAUUCAUGGUGACGAUAAUCAUGCUAAGGCUUCAGCGGGACAACUUCUCGUAUCUUGCGAAUAUCUUCUACAGUAAUACGGAGUGGCUGGUCUGGUUUACCGCACCUACCUUCUUUUUUCUGCUGUAUUAUGUCAACCUGUCUCUCUACCACGUGUUGCUUUGCGAACUGGCGGUAGCCGUGGGAGCGCACAUCUUUCACAAGUGCGUCCAGAUAUCCAAAAAGCGACUCAUGCGAUUACUAAAAUAUGACGGUUUAACUAAACUGGAGCCUGAGCCUGCAGAUCUCUCACCAGCGGCGUUAGAACUAAGCCGCCAAUGUACCAAUCACGAGAAAGCAAGCCAUGGAUACACACCCCUAACGCAAGAAGAGGAGGAACCGUUCUUACGAAGGCUGAUGCCCCGCUCAGACUGCAAACCUUGUUUCCCUGGUAACCGACUAGACGACCCUUCAAGCCCAUGCCCAAAGCAACAGAUGACACCAAACAAGAACGCGUGACGUAUCGGUCACUCAGGCAACUCAGCUAUAACGUUAGCAAGAGCGUACGACACUUACCAGCGUACCCAAUCACACAAAAAGGAACGCAAGACGUAUCCAUGGCAACUGUCAUAGGGCAACUUAGCUACCAUAGGCAUCUAGCAGUGCCAGACUCCACUGGAUAAGAACGCGUGACCCAAGCCACAAUUGUCACGAAACCAAUGUCACGCCAUUUGAUGGUUGACACGAACAAAACCUACGUCUCGCAAUUUGAUGGUUGACGUGGCAGACUUACGAGUCGCUUGCUGGGAGUAGACAAACUACUGAACAGCGCAUAGAUAAUGCUUAAUUUAUUAAAAACCUUUCCAGCAGAGGAAUAAACCAUGUGAUUUUAUGGA